CUGAAGAUGCGGAAUCAGGCACCGUUUCCUCUUUGCGGUCAAGAUAAUUGUUAUAGCAAAUGUGGGUUAUGGUCAAUUAACUUAAGCAAAUAAACUAUAAUAUUGGAAAUGUAAAGACACAGCGCAGUAAAUCGAUCGAGUCCUGUGCAUGCCGUGAAGCCAACCAUCGUUUCCGCUAAACCAAGGAAAGACAGGGAUGGUGGUGGUGAAGGAUGGAGUCUUCAGCCAAUCAGAGCGCGGCUUCCCCUCAGCAGUGGGCGGGACAAAACAGCUGGUCCCCAAUUUCCCCUUUUCAGCACCAUCACAACCCAAUUUCUACUUUUCAGCAUCUCACCCUGACCUCCCCCCAUCACCCAGAGUCAUCCUUUAACCACUCACAGUUAAAAAACACAAACUGGUCUGGUACUUGCUACGAUUCUUCAGUCUAUCCUGCAAAACCACCUUCUUCACUUCCUCUUAUCUCCAAUGGGUCUCUGCAGCUGCAACCCCCACCUCCCCACCCCUCUCAAAUUAACCAUCAAUCAAUAUGUGCUCCUGUUCAGCAACAUAUCUCAGAUCAGAGGUUACUGAAUGGACCCCAGUCUCCCCUUCAGAAUAAUUCUUCCCAUAAUCAUUACACAUAUGACGACAAUACAAAUCAAAAUCAGCUCUACAGUCCUUUUCAGCCUGUAGGUGUGGACUCUGCUGGGUUUAUCCAAAAUUAUUCAUCGCCAACAUCACCAAUUCAACAGCAGCCUCAGUGGACAACUACAACUCCAGGAACUGUAAAGCACUUUGUUCCUGAAGCAGUUGGGCUGUCUCCAAGCUCUGAGUCGCGCUAUGGGCUCGACCCUGAGUCUCUUCCCAGUGCUGUAAAAGUAAUGGCAGAGGAUCAGGCCCAAUGGGAGGGGAAAGUCUAUGUCUCUGAGCCUCCUUCUCGUCUUCCUCCUUUACCCACUACGUCCUGUACUAUAGAGGACAAAGGCAGUGCAAGUCCGUUUGCCAUCCGAGCUUCUACGUACUGCUUUCCCUGUGAUGCUCAGACCACUCAGCUCAGUCAUUUACCGCUGGGAGCUCUCAUCUCCCCUCUGGCCGGAGUCAACUUUGGACAGAAUUCCCUGCCAGACUGCACAGAGUCCGAAUGUAUUGCAGGUUGUGGUUCUUGUGGUGCCUUUAUGUGUCCUGCUAUGGGCUGGCAGGACUGUGGGCAGAGGUACUCCUGCCCAUUCUGUGGAAAGCUCAGUGAAGUACCGUGGCAGUUUUACCAGCCAACCAAAGGAGUUGAAGGUGUUAGAGUGGAUAAGAAGAAAAGACCUGAACUUAGUAUGGGGUCAUAUGAGGUCAUCCACUCUCAAAAGGGUGAAUCUGCAGUACUGUUGCUGGCCAUAGACGUGUCUGUUCAAGCUCUGAGAGGAGGUCAUUUAGAGUUCAUAACACAUCAAAUACGCACUCUGCUUGCUUCCCUGAAUGGAGAGGAUGAAGACUCUUUGUCAGAUGUCCGUGUGGGUUUGAUGACGUAUGACAGCAGAGUUCACCUGUACGACCUGAGCCCCGCCCUGUCCCGCCCACACAUGCUCGUGAUCACUGAGACUGAUGAACUUCAACUGCCCAUAUCCAGCGGGCUCUUGGUUCCUCUAAAAGACUGUGUGCACAGUGUUAACAGUGUUUUGCAACUUAUUCCUCAGUUCAGCCCAGAACAAACUGAUUCCAGUGGAGUUCCUAUAGAGCUGCCAGUCAAAGCAGCAUUAGCCAUAUUCCAGGCUUUAAAUUGUCCUGGAAAGUUGUUGGUCUUCCAUGCCGCCCCUUUAAUCGAGAUGGGAACUACGCAGACAUCUUCAGGGUUCUUUGGCUCCAGUAAACCAAAGUCCAUCUUCCAGCCAUCAGAAGGAGCCGUGUCAUUGGUCAGAGACUGUGUCCGUCAGGGCUGUAGCGUUCACUUGUUUCACCUGUCACAAGAGCUGGUGGGCGGGGCUUGGCCGGGACACAUUCCUUAUUUAACAGGAGGAGCUCUGAACACCUACAACCACCUUCAGGGUGAAAUGGACAAAGAGCGUUUUUCUGCUGAUUUGAAGAGAACUUUUGCUAUGAUGGACACAGGCUUCCGGGCUGAGCUUAAAAUUUGUGUUUCUAAAGAUAUGCGUGUUUUGGGCUGUUAUGGCCUCUUCCUGCCCGGUCCUAACCCCUCAUCUGUUCCCAUGGCGGCUGUUGAUUGGAGGACGACGUUAGCUUUGGAACUGGAACAUAUCAGAAACUUGGAUGAAAAAAAAGGAGUAGUCAUACAAACCGGUCUGUCUUACAGCACAUCAACCGGAGAGAGGAGAACCAGGGUUCAUACAGUCGUACUAAAAUGCUCACGCCACCUACAGGAUGCUUUUAGGCAUUACCAGGCCCAAACCCUGUUAACUUUCUACAGCAAGAAAAUGUAUUGUGCAGUGCUGGAGCGCCCCCUGCAGGAGCUGAGGGAGGAACUGCAGACACAAAUCACUGAGGCUUUGGCGUGUUACAGAAAACACUGCUGUUCUGCCUCAGUUUCAGCUGGACAGUUGGUGCUCCCUCAGUACCUGCGGGCCUUACCCGUCUACAUCAACAGUCUGAGGAAGAGCGAAGUGCUGCUGCCCGGCCUCCGGAGCUCUGUGCCCCAAAGACUCCAGCAGAGAUGUCAGGUCCUCAACAUGGACCCCACCAGCACUGCCAUCCACUUCUACCCUCAGCUCCUGCGUCUGCCACUGACAGUGGACAGCUCAGACCCUCCAAAGCUAGAAGAGGCGAUACGCUGCUGCUCUGCCAGUCUUGAAUCAGAGGGACUCUAUUUGGUGAACGCCCCUCUCACUCUCCUGCUCUGGGUGGGCCGCCAGGUACCAACAGGGGUCUUAAUGGAGCUCUUCAACACCAGCUUCUUCUACUCCCUGCCCUCCGGAGAGACAAAGCUUCCUGUUUUUGAAAGCCCUCUCUCUACUUACGUGCGGUCCAUCAUCAGCUCACUGAACUCUCACUUUCCCAUGACUCGAAAGCUGUGGGUGGUGAAGCAAGGUGACAGUUGUGAAGAGGCUCUACAGCGUCACCUAGUGGAGGAUAAGAGCCCCAAUGGAGGAGCGUCCUAUGCAGACUUUCUCUACCAUCUCCAUGUCAACUCAGUACGAUUGCUGCAAUGACUUUAAACCACUUGACUGUCCAGGGUUAAGCCAACACAGUGUGGGCAAUAUGAACAGACAGAAGGGUGAUUUAUUUAUUAUUUCAAAGCUGCUAAAAUAUGAAUUGAUAGUGUAUGGUGUGUAUUUUCAAGCAUAUCUUGGGUCUUUAAUAAAGUGUGUGUGUGCGUGCGUGUGUGAUGCCUGAA